AUGAACAACAGCGAAAUCAAGACUGGCGAUAGGGUUCUAUGUAAGGUAGGGGACUUUCCUCCAUGGCCUGCAGUGGUGGUACCGCAAAGGUUUUUGAGCAAAGUUGUUUAUUCGGGGAAAAGAUCUAAGAACUACGUUUGCGUAGCUUUCUUUAAUGAUGAUUCUUACUACUGGAAAGAGCCACGUCAUUUGACGGAGCUCACAGAUGAUGUGUGCGGUGAAUGGAUAAAGAAUCAUUCAAAGUCGCGGGAUAAUGCGUUAUUGGGCGCAUACGAGCAGGCUCGUGAGUAUACACAAUUAUUUGAUUUCUUGAAAGAGCGGUUUAUUCGGGAGAAACGGGGUGAUAUUCUUGAAGAUGUUCAUGAUAUUCCUGAUGGAGAAGAUCCGUUUGAACCAAAGCCUACAAAUAGAAAGAUUGGUAGCAAGUCAGGUUCAUCCAAGCGGCGAACCCAGACGUCGUCUGCUGCGAGUAAUAGUAGCUCUGAGAAUGGUAAUACAGAACACCUGGACAGGUUUACAGAGGAGCGUUCUGCAGAGUACAUGACAUUAACAUCUAAAACACCAUCUUCAUCCCAACCAUCAAGGACAACUAGCGCUUCAAAGCGCAGGAAGCUGGACUAUGAAAACAGGGUAAAUAUAGCUCAGCUUCUGCGUAACAAACUGCAAAGGAAUCUUGUCCAGCGUGAUAAUCGUCCCUCAGAGGAGGAAUUUGAAGAGUCAGCCAGAUUGUUUAAAACCAUUAUAAGUAGGUUAUCUACUGAUCCUCCCUUUUUCGAUUAUGAAGCAUUGAGCGUUUCCAAGUUAUACAAAUUAUUAAAGGUGAUCACUCACGACAACAACCUUUCUCGAUAUCACGAAGAUUGCGAGCGCAUACUGACUUCAUGGGCCCCUAUCGUCUUGCAGAUUAAGCAGGAUAAGCUAAGGGCAGAAAACUUAGAGAACCCCAACACAGACGGCAGCAGUCCGGUAUCAGAAAUGAAGGUGGAUGAUACCCGUAUGUCCAUCCCUAAGUAA